AUGAGCGGCACCGCCACGCUCGUCCCGACCCAGGUCCGCACGCGCGAGGAGUUGCAGACAGAACCCCUCGUGCUCCGCCUCACUUCCCGGCCGGAAGAAGUCGAGCGCCCGCACGUCACCUGGGCCGCUGAUGUCGUUGACAACGAGCACAUGGGCAGGCUGAAGUCGAAUUGUUGCUGCAUCUACACGAAGCCCCGCCAAUGGGAUGACCCGUCGACGUGGGAACAGGACGAGCACGAGACGGAGCAUUGCCGUGGCCACACUCUCCCAUUGCCCGGUGAACAGCAUAAGGGACACGGCUCUGGUUGCUGC